AAUGGAAACAAAAAUUACAAAAACACAAACUUGCAAAGUAAAGGUUCUUGCCAUAGAGAGAUGUUGUCUAUCAUGAAGGUGUCCUUGUUGCAAUUUCUAGGUUUUCUUUUGCUUAGUUGGCUCAUUCAUUGUCAUGCUUGGGCUCGCUACAAGUUUGUGGUGAAGGAAACACCAUACACAAGGCUAUGCAGCACAAAGCCCAUACUGACAGUGAAUGGACAAUUUCCUGGACCAACUCUAUAUGUUAACAAAGGAGAGACAAUAAUAGUUGAUGUUUAUAACCGAGCCAAAGAUAACAUCACCAUUCACUGGCAUGGAGUAAAACAACCAAAGUACCCUUGGACAGAUGGUCCCGAAUUUAUCACACAAUGUCCUAUUCGACCGGGAGGGAAGUUUAGCCAAAAGAUUAUAUUUUCAACAGAGGAAGGAACCCUAUGGUGGCAUGCUCAUAGCGACUGGUCGCGUGCCACGGUCCAUGGGGCUAUCGUGGUCUAUCCCAAGAAUGGCACAAGCUACCCCUUUCCUAAGCCUUAUGCUGAAGUGCCCAUCAUAUUAGGAGAAUGGUGGAAGCAAGAUAUCAUGCAGCUUCUAGAUACCUUCCUUAAAACGGGAGGAGACCCAAAUACCUCUGAUGCUUACACUAUAAAUGGUCAACCUGGUGAUCUCUACCCUUGCUCUAAAUCAGAUACAUUCAAGCUGAUGGUAGAUCAUGGCAAAACCUAUCUCCUCCGCAUGAUCAACGCUGCCAUGAGCGACAUUCUCUUUUUCUCCAUCGCAAAUCAUCAAUUGACAGUCGUUGGAACGGAUGCUAGCUACACAAAGCCAUUCAAAACCGAUUACAUAACUAUAUCCCCUGGACAAACCAUGGAUGUCUUGUUAGAAGCUAACCAACCAUUAGGUCAAUAUUACAUGGCAGCUAGGGUUUUUUCUAGUUUUAAUAUUGUAACAUUCGAUAGCACCACCACCACCGCCAUCGUACACUACAAUGCAAACUACACUUCACCACCACCACCACCUUCAUUUCCUCAAAACCUUCCCUAUUACAAUGACACAAAUGCAUCGUCUACCUAUGCGCGCGGUUUGAGAAGUUUAGACAGUCCUAAUCAUCCGAUCAAUGUACCAUUAAACAUGUCGACAAAAUUAAUUUUCACCAUAUCGGUCAAUGCCAUCCCAUGUGCUAAUGACUCUUGUGCCGGUCCAAAUGGAACCCGCCUCUCAGCAAGCAUGAACAACAUAAGUUUCGUGAAUCCCUCCAUUGACAUACUUCAAGCUUACUAUAAUCACAUCAACGGUGUCUAUGAAGAUCGGUUUCCUAAUGUUCCACCGUUGAUAUUCAAUUUUACGGCCGAUUAUCUUCCUUUGGAGCUUGAGACUCCACAGAAGGGGACAGAGGUGAAAGUACUGGAAUAUAACUCAACCGUGGAGCUUGUUUUCCAAGGAACAAACUUGGUUGCAGGGACAGAGCAUCCCAUGCAUUUGCAUGGAUACAGUUUUUAUGUGGUUGGGUGGGGGUCUGGUAAUUUUGACAAAGAUAAGGACCCUUUAGGGUAUAAUUUAGUGGACCCUCCUCUGCAAAAUACCAUUGCUGUCCCUAGGAAUGGUUGGGCUGCCAUAAGAUUCAAGGCCGACAACCCAGGAGUGUGGCUUAUGCAUUGUCAUUUAGAGCGACACCUAAGUUGGGGAAUGGAUAUGUCAUUCAUUGUUAAAAAUGGCAAAAACCCAAAAGAAAAACUGCUGCCUCCACCUCCAGACAUGCCAUCUUGUUAUUGAAGCUGCAACAUCAUCCUUACUAUUUGCAAAAUUGCUACAAUUUGGCAAAUUUAUUAGUGUUAUUAGUUUUAGUAUGAUUCAACCUGUUAUUUGUCUCUAAAAUUGAAAAAUACACGUGCACAUGUACGCCAUGUUGGAUACUUAAGAUUCCAUAUCAUUCCUUUGUGGUGUAAAUUUCAAUUUAAUUUGUUGUUA